AUGGCUUCUGAGGAUGAAACACCUGGAUCGAACUGUGAAUACCAAUCUGACUCCCAGUCGGAGUCAUCGACCCUCAUAUAUAGCCAGGAGCCCUUCGAGACCUUCCAGAAACGGGUGAUAGAGCUAUGCCAACAUUUGUUCGACACUUCUUCUGGUGAAAUUUCGAUCGAGCGAUUACAAGGAGGCGGCUUCAAUAGGAUUACUGGCGUAUCUGUGGUGAAAAGCAAUGAAGAACCACCUGUUUCAAUCCAGUACAUCCUCCGCGUCCCACGAUUCGAGAUUGUUGAAUUGGAUUAUGAUAUUGCGCCCCUCAAGUUACUCCGUCAGGAAUCAAGCAUCCCAGUCCCCGAGACCGUCAAAUUUGACUUGACGAGUUCCAAUGCUCUCGGUCGCCCUUUUAUGCUCCAAAAGCGUAUACCUGGCGAGUCUCUUUAUAAAAUAAAUGCAGAUUUAACCCAUGAUGAGAAAUGCGCUAUCGCAACGGGUCUGGGUAGAGUCGUCUCUGAGUUACACUCUAUCAGAAGUACUAUUACUGGUAGACUCUGCUGGAAGUCACCUGAAGAGCAAUUGAUGAUACAACCGUUCGGUGAUCAAGAAGUGGUCACACUCCUGCCAUAUGAGAAAGGACCUGCGACACAAUCAUGCUUCGAUAUGCUUCGCGCGAUCCUUGAGCCCAAAAUUGAGAAAGUGGCAGCCUCAAAUCCCGAUGAGGUAGAGUUACUUGAGGAGCCCCACUUGCUUACUAUGGCCUCAGAGAUGAAUGAUCUUGGAGUACUGGAUGAAAGCUCCUACUGUCUAUGUCACCUUGAUCUUCAACCCCGUAAUAUUUUGGCUGGGUCUUCAAAACCAACGGAAUCUCUAGCUUUGACCGGCGUUCUAGACUGGGACAGUGCAGUUUUUGCACCGCUGAUCAUGUCUUGUGACCCUCCAAUGUGGCUGUGGGUUAAUGACAGCAUUGAAGAUAAGCGGGUUGCAGGCGACGAGCCAUCAACGGCAGAGCUGCGCGAAUUAAAACAACUCUUUGAACAGGCAGCUGGUCCGAUUUAUUCUCGCUUUUCAUACGAUGACCGGUAUCGACUUGCCAGGCAGCUUAUCAGGUUCAUUAUUGAAGGCAUAAACACGAAUGAGGCGUACAGAGCCUUUUUUUUAUUACAGAGCGAAUGGGAUGAACUGAAAGAAUCACUGGACUUGCCCAAAUUGGAUCUAGAAGAUCAAUCUGAACCUGCUUCGACCAAUGAGAUAGCUGAGGACGACUCGGAAUCAUAUUCCCCGAAAGAGGAUGCUGCAUGGAGUCAAAGCGGGAGGAUUGCAGAAGCAGAAAUUGAAAGGCAGUAA